AAUUACUUUUUGUUCUUUUUGGUGCUAAAGAUGCAACCUGAUUUUAGUUGGAUGGUUCCCAUUGAAGUGAUGUUGGGUUCUCUAAAUCAUGGAGAAGUUCAAGCAUGCAGCAUUUCCGUCAUUCCAGACAAACUUAGAGAAGUUAAUGAAGAUGCUUACAAACCAACACAUAUAUCCAUUGGACCUUUACAUCGAGGAGCCACAAGACUCCUUCAAUUAAUGGAAGAACCAAAAUGGCAUUACAUACGCGAGUUUCUUGAUCGACUUUGAACAAAAUAGAAAAUCAGAGUUAAGGUUAAGAGAAUGCGGCUUUGACAUUCUCAAAUUAGAUAAAAUUGUUCGUGCAAGCUAUGGUGGAGGAAGCAACAACAUUAUUGAAGAAACAGAAGAUCACGACAUCGCUAAAAUUAUGAUAGUAGAUGGUUGUUUUCUUUUAGAGCUUCUCAUUAGACUCGGAGAUUAUACGAAGAAUCAAACAACAACUUCUUAUAACAACGACAUAAUCUUUAAAACAGAGGAAAAGGUGUUGUCUGUUUUAAACGAUGUAAUAAUGCUUGCAAAUCAAAUUCCUUAUCUUGUUCUCAAGAAGUUAUAUAGGAAGGUAUUUCCCGAUGGUAGUGAAAUCAAAGACGAUCAUCGUGUGGCUGAUAUUGUUCGUAAGGCUUUUGGUUACCCUUCGGUUAAUAGCUCGGGAGGUGCUCAUAUACUUCAUUUGAUGCACUUGUCGACAGUGGAUCAAAACCAACAACAUGAAGGGAAAAAAGCGGAGAUAGAAUUAUUGCGAUGUGCUACAAGGCUACGUGCUUCUGGGAUUGCAACUCCCUCCGUCGACUCGGAACACUCUGGAUGCCGCCUUGUUGAUCGCUCUCUCUCAAGGAUUAGACGCAUUUUGUACUCUUCAAGACCUGUGGCAAUUCAAACAUUUGUUAAGCAUAGUGCCUCUGAUCAGGAUCUCCAACAGGUAUUCCUUUACCAUAUUUGGUUUAUUUGAUGUUGUCUACUCCUUUGCAUGGAUAUUAGAUCUUUCCGUUUAUUAUGUGGUCUCCUCCGUAAUGAACGUAAAUUGAAAGAUGGACUAGUAAGUAUUGAAGAACAAAUUGCUAUAUAUUUACACAUGAGCUGAUUAUUUAGUAUUAGUUUAGUUACUUAUUUGAUUUCUAGAAGGAGUUAGACACAUGAUAAUUGGCUACUGAUUUGAUUUAUAGUUUAGUUACUCCUAAAAGAUUAGAGAUUUUAUCAUCAUUAGUGCUAUUGAUUUGAUGUGAUUAAGAAUUAAAUUUUGUCACUGAGGACCUUGACUUUCAAG